AGGCCCAGAAAACAUAGUUCGAGAAAAUAGUCGUAACUCAGCUGCUGCCUGUAGCAGCACUGCGAUGAAAAAGCGCUCCGGCGUACUAUGGAUGUUUUGACAGUAGUUUAUCCAUAAUAGUGUCUUUAAGUACUUAAAGCAACGGUUUACAAAUACGCGCACCGCCCCGACUUUUACACAGUUGUCAAAUUGACGAAACUAGAUAGUACGGGCAACAGCAGCGUUCUUGUAGAAACCGCUUCGCGGGCCGGGUGGUACUGCUUACCCUGAAAGAACCUAGUUAAAACCAAAAAGAAGCGAAAGCUUCGCAACCAUAAUAAAUCUGUGAACGUUCCCAAAAAACUCAAACUAUUAUUACACUUACAGUAAAGGCUAAGGAGACCACAAAUAACCUGAACAAGAUAUCACGCGUAUCGAGUCAGGCGGAACGGGCAGGAAGUAGGGAUUCUCUUCCCAUCGCAAGCCGGCUUGUAGAGGCUUCUCGUCUGUGCGCUUCACGUAAAGGAUUGCCAGCUGGUGAACCACCAGACCCCAGGACUGUGCGUGAACUCGCACCUCCGAGAAGAAUGAUUUUGCAGUUUCUUACCCGAGAACAAUACAACUAUCAAAUUCGUCGAGGGCGAUUGUAAUGGAAGUGUUAGAACAAGAAUAACGUCACACUCACACGUCAUCAACUUCUUCCAAGCGCGGAGAGGUGGUGGACGUGAAAAUAAGGAUUAAAACACGGCUUCAACAGUCGAGUAGCAGGGCGUCAGCGAUUUUCCUGUUGGGAAGAAAAACGUACCGCGCGACCAAGUCGCCGUCUGCGUGACUAUGAUGGCCGAAAAACCGAUUGAGUACGACCGGCUACCCUCCGUGGUAGCCAACCGAGUAUACUUCGGUAACAUGGACCUAGAGUUCAUGAAGAAAAUCAAGUUCAGGGACACCGACGAUUUGCUCAAGCAGGUAGUUUGCUUUUUCUGAGUAUCAGUUGUAUGACUUUACUUAUACGAAGUUGGUUUUUCACUGCUUUUGCACUGGGUGGUGGCGGUGCAAAUUUUCAACUGAGGCAUACAUCAAUGAAAUGAAGAUCGAAAAUAUCCACUAACAUACCGUGAUAAAUGCUAUCAGGUGAGCAAGAUCGUAAGCUACAUCCUGCGUCACGGAGCGGACGAGGGAAACAAGGGAAUCAUACCAAUGGAUGAAGACAAGCAGGUCGAGGUAGUGGACCUCCUAGAGAUAUGUCGACGGUGUUGUGGCGUUAGCUCGUACUCCGAACUCGUCAGAUUACUCAACGCGUCGAAUGAGAAUAAAAGAAGGUAUGGAACUUUGCUUCUCGUGGAUUACGGUAUUGGUCAUUUUUUUUCAUUUGUGAAAACUUAGCGGAAGUCGCGGCUGCAUCGACGACGACGAGAACGACAGACUCCGUGAAACUACGUCAGAGAAGACUACUUAGCUGACAAAUUAGGAGCAGCCAUUGCAACAGUGUUCCGAAAAACUUUCCCAGGUACGCCUUCAUCGAGCAGGAGGAUGGAAAACUAUUUAUCAAGGCCGUCCACAAAUACGAAGUGCUCCCCGGUACCAGUACAAAAAUCCAGCCCGUCAAGGAUACAAAAUGGCUCCCAUCGAACGGAAACUUCCGAAAAGGGGGGCACCAAGGAAAACCGAGAAUGUUUCAGGUAAGCAGUACGUUACUGAGGCGGCUGCCAUAGUUGGUGUUAUAGUGUUUGUGGAGACUUCUCCUUCUUCUGUCCUCGUCAGUCAGGCCUACGAAUAUCAAACAAAAAGGUGCUGAGAAGUGACCACUUUGAGAUGGUGAUCGUGCGGAAGGGCAUGGAUCUCGCGAGUGAACAGAUGGGCUGCCUGCAGCGGCUGGAAAUAGUAGAGCUUCUCGGUGAGCCGAUUAUUAUCGCGGACGGCAUCGUGCGAAUCAAGGUAUCACAACCUUAACUACGAUAAGAAUGGUGCCCUAGAGCUUUUCUUGCAUUUGGUCUUUAGUCGAGUUUCUUGCAAAGCAGUAUGCCCCUCACGUUUCUGUUUUGUAAUUGCAUGUAUGUGUUGCAUGCAAGUCCAAACUCGAACUUUUGCCAGAUAAAAAGCAUUGAGACGGAAGUGACUGGUUGGGUCACCCAGGACGCACGAAAAGCCGACGGGCCGCAGUUUCUGCAGGAAAUCACGGAAACGUACUGGGCAGACGCGGCGAACUCCCCUCAGGACGAGGAUGAAAACCCGGAAAGCGGAGAGUACAACCAGUAUCAAAGUGAGGAUGGGUAUUACAACCAGAAGGGGAGCAAAAAAGGGUCAUCCCGUGGGAAAUACAAGUACAGCGGCGACUACUACGAUCAAAAAGGCGGCUCUGGUAAGGGCGGCUACAGAGGGGGGUCGUCCGGAAAAUACGCCGAUUACUACGAAGGCCGAGACUCUGGCCACCGAGACAGAAAUUACGACAAGCAUUACGAUCGCGGCUACUACAAGGACAAACACUACUACGAGGACCGAGACUAUUACAAAAACUCCGCGUCCAAGGGCGGCGGCAAGGGGAACUACCGCGACCAUCACGACAAGAACAAUAAUUACUACCAGAACGGCGAGAGCAGGCACGCGAAUGGAAGCUCGGGCAGGUACAAGUCCAGCCCCAGUUACAGCUACGCCUCAUGGGAAGGGGGAAACGACGAAGAAUGGUGGGAUGAGGACGGCUACGAAUACAAGCCGUGGAAAAAAAAUAAGAGCUGGAAAAACUACAACUAUGAUGAGGGCUCCUACCGACCACCAAACAACAGUGGGGGCCAAGGGUCCGGAGACGGCUACCACGACAGCGGGCACAGGUAUCGAAAAUCACGUGGACGAUGUCGUUUGAUUGUUCUAUCGAUUGCGAAAGGUCGUGCUAGGGAUGGUAAAACCAGAAUUUUCUUGGAGAGAAUUUGUAUUCGAUCAAACAAAAUAUUUUCUUUCCGAAACCAAUUCCAAUCAAAACGAAACAGAAGCGGCCGCUCCUGGCAGAAUGGAAAAGGAAAAGGGGAUCACGGUGAUGAAAAUUACGAAGACUCCCGCGAAGGUGGGGCUGGUGCAGGUAUUUCCGAUGCAAACUUUGAAGAACGAGAACUAGACAAAGGUCACUCGUCAUCUACCUCUAUCCCUCAAUAAAUAAAAUUUCGAAACUGCGUUUGUGUAUGGCAAAUGAGAUCGAAAUGAAGCAGUUUGUUAGGCCGUGGCUCUGGUACUGGUGUAGUAGUUUGUCGUAUCGGGUUUCAUUGUUUCUGUCGUCGGCGCAGCCUCAAAAACGUGCUUUGAUGUCGCCCUGCGUCUUUCUGGUACAGACAAAGACUAAAAUCUGUCCGUACUCAGGAGAAGGCGGAAAAGAAGGUCAGCCAGAAGGAAAUAGCAGUCCGAAGAACAAAGGCCGCGGCAACAAGGCCAAGAAAAGCGAAAAAGGGCAAGAAGGAUCGAGUGGCAAAAGCGGAAAAGGUAAGAAUAUCCUGCCUGCUGUAGUGAGGAAUCACUCGCAGACACAUUCUUGCCUAGGGUGCGGUUGCGUUUUUGUUUCGUCUGUUGUCGUUUGUUGGUUAAUAUUGAUUAAGAUAUGAGCAAAACUCCAUGCGUAAAAGGUAUAGCUUAUAAUCGAAAGGCAAAAUACUUCUAGAAUUGACGAUGCACUUGAACUUCAUGUGUUUGGAAAUGGUCUCUGGGAAAAUUACCAUAAUCCGGACUUUAUCAGGUAGUGCGAACGAUGAUGUCAUCGACGGCGAUGGGAGCUCCAGCAAGGGCAAGAAGGGAAAGGGCAAGGGCAAACGCCACAAGGGCGGCGGAAAGCAGGAGUACUAG